UUCAACCGUGGCCGUUUCUGAUUACUCAAUUCUAAAGCAUCAAAACCAUUUYACAAAACGCAGCCGUCUCAUGUCGUGACGACUGAGUUCUCAACAACAUGCUAUCUUGGAAUGAAAACAUUCAAUUCAAAGAGAUAAUAGAGAACUUAGCCCGUCCAUCGACUGUAUGCGCGACGUUCGCGGACAAUUGCAUGCUAAUUUGCGGAAUAACAACUGUUUCRAGACCACAGUUUUAUAGGGACACGAGCGGCGCGAGUAAAAGACAGGGGUGUUCARUCUUCUCACAAUGAAAAAACGUGGCAAAAAUGGUAAAGCGGUGGUAGUGGUGGCGUGUGGUGUUCUAGUCAUCGGUCUUGCUUGCAUGAUCGCUGGAAUUGUACUAAUGGUUAAGUAUACAGCACUAGACGAGACUGAAAACUCCAUCGAACAAAACGUCUACACUAGCGAAGCWCGCAAAUCAGGACUCAAUAGACUACUCGAGAAACUUCAGAGAACCCACUUUGAGCUUUAUCCAAAUCGAAUUAUUGACAAACCUGGAGUAAGUGAAAAUGAAAUUCGUAUGAAAUAUCAAUCCAUGGACUUAUCCCCAGCAAGGAUAAAAUACAUUACUGAAAAAUGUAGAGAACUAGUGGUAGAAUUGCAAGAAUUACAAACGAGAGUUACCAGAAAAAAACUCAGUAUCAGAGAAAAACGGGCGCUAGAAAUAGCCUUGUUUUGGACUAAACACAUAAUGCCAAUUGGAGUGCCCUAUGGGUAUGAYUAUUAUAUAGGUGAUUGGAUGCUCGGCCCAGAUGUAUUCUGCUGGAUGCCUAUCUGUGYGAUUCACUCAACAUUUCCUCGAACUUUACUGAAAUUAAAGCCUUAUAACGUGAAUGAUAUGGAAAUGUUGCGUAACAAACUCAAUGGUAUUAACAAGACCUUUGUGCAAUAUGUUGAAAAUCUCAAAAUGGGAAUUGAAGUUGGAAUGGUUCGUAAUCUUAAAGGGUGCAAAGCUGGAUACGAYGGCUUAAAGGAAAAAUUCGUCAACAUUGCUUUGCAUGGCAAAGAAGGCAUACUCAUCGACGAUGAGCAAUUUCUGACAAAAGCAUUCUUCGAUACUUUUUUAUCGAAUCUGGAAGACAAACCAGACGAAUUGGAAUCUUGGCGUGUGAAAUACGGCAAAAGUAUGAACGAGUCUCUCAAAGAAUACUUUCUGGACUACGUCGGAAAGCCUAUAGCUGAUCUUCUAAGAUACCUUGAGGAUGAACACAUGGAAUACUGCCCCCCAGAUCAUAUYAUCAGAGGAUACCAAGACCUUCCUGUUAGCCAUGUUUACAAAAACGGGACUGCAAUUCGUCCGACUACAAAACGAUUGCCGACAGGAGAGCUUAUCAAUGGCACAAAGUCGUACAAAAAACUUCUGAAUUAUUACACUACAACUGACAUAACUCCAGAAGAAAUCAAUCAAUUUGGAAAAAAAUCCAUAGAUGAAUAUUAYAAACAGGUCGUGGAAAUAGCCCAGGAAGUCACUGGUGAAAAAGACAAGAAAAAUGCCACYGAUAAACUGAUGGGGAUUCUCAAACAAGAUAAAUGGUAUUUUAACGACACAGCGAUUCCCGAUUCCGAGUCCAACGAGACGGCUUACAAACUGUGCAGCUCUCCAGAAGGCGCRAAGAAACACUGUCCUGUACGAUGGAAAGCCAUUCAGAAGUGGUUUACCUAUUCAAGACAGAUAAUGGCCGCUUUAGACGCCAAAAUUGUCAACCAGUUCCACUUUGCUGGCUCUAAACAUACCACUCCUAACUGUCCAGUUGACCUAAAACCAAUCUUCAAUCCAUCGACUGCUGCCCAGGGCUAUGAAUUUGCAGAUGCUCAGUGUUCCCAAUCUGCCAGWUAUUCACUUCCAUUCUUCUUGAAGAAGCCUGGACCCAAGUACGAAGAAUGGACCAUUUGCGCCCACGAGACGAGACCWGGGCACCACCUCCAAGCUCAAGGGUACAUAGAACGGUUCUCUGCUUCUGAUGAAGGAAUCAUCAAGUGGUUGUCAGACAUGACACACUUCCUUGGCUUUCAAGAAGGCUGGGCUGUGUACGCUGAAAGUCCACUGAUUGCUAUAGACGCAGACGCCUACAAAGGCAAACCUCUGUUAAAGUAUGGGAAUCUUAAGUGGCAGGUUGUGCAGGCAAUUCGACUAGUAUUAGACACAGGAUUUCACAUAAUUGGUAACCUUACUCGUCAACAAGCACUUGAACUACAAUACAAAUACUUGUGGGAUAGCAGUGAUAUCCCAGACAAAGAAAUAACGCGCUACCAAAGUAUUCCUGGUCAAGCAAUAGCGUAUUUGAUAGGUAAAUCACAGAUAAUGACUCUCAGACAAAGAGCAGAGAAAAUGCUUGGAACGAAGUUUAAUCUAAAAGACUUUCAUUUUCAAUUGCUUCAUUAUGGACCAACGCCGUAUAAAUUCCUGGAGGAAAUGAUAGACAAGUACAUUAACUGUGUACUUGAUUCGACAGUCCACGGAUGCGACGAACUUCUCAGGCCACCAAAGUAUAGCAAAGGAGAGAUUGUGGAAAGCAAAGUCUAUAGUAAAUUAUAAUGGACGAUGAAAAUGAAUUGAAAGCGAGAAAUGCACCAAGGAAAUGUUAUAUUGUAAUAUGACCCAAGCCAUAAGAAAAAGGGAGAGAAACGGGAGUUCAAAGAAAGUUAGAUAGAGAAUACUAUGGUUACGCAAGGGUACGAUUUUAUCUUCGAGUGUUGAAAAGAUCCCUUACGAAAGACCGGCGGCGAAAUUUAACACAAGAAGAUGAAAUCCGUACUUCGAAGCUACCAUGCAAUAUUCUGUUUAUCAUAUAAACAUCCAUGAAAGGAAAUUAUUGUUUAAAACAACUUUUAUUCGACUUAAUUAUUUGAGCACCGCACAUUUCAAAAGGUAUUUCAUAGAUAAUUAUAUGAUUAAACACUUUCUUUCAUUCUUCAAUUAUUUCAAAAUGUCAACAAAUCAUCAUUUAUACGCACCACAUUGUAAAUAAUGCAACUUAUAGAAGAAUUAUGUUAGGCUAGUAUUUAGAGGGAUAUAUUAUAUAUAUAUUGACAUAGAAAAAGCAUAGUAGUCUGUGAUAGUGUAGCACUUAAAAAAUAUGUGAAAUGAUAGAAAGUAGAGGUUUCGUUUGAUGUUAUUUUUUUUAUUAUUAUUAUCACUAUUAUACUCAUGAUCAUUUCGUUUUCAUGACGUGAAUAGUUUAGUAAAGUCCCCAAACUACAACA